AUGCCCGGCCGUUGCUAUUCCCCAACUUUCAACCGAAUCACGGUCACCGAGCUGCAUCCUACCUUCGGAGCCGAGAUCAGCGGCGUUGAUUUCUCGCGACCAGUUGCUGACGAACAAUUCCAGGAGAUCCAGGCUGCCAUCAGCAAGUACGGUGUGUGCGUCUUCCGCAAUACCGGCCUCGAUGACGCCCAUCACGUCGCCUUCGCUGCACAAUUUGGCGAGCUGGACGAUGUGACUCCGUAUAUGGCGGGCGGCCGGGCGCACCGACUGUCCGAUGUACGCCUGUUCGAUGUCGGCAACAUUGACCUCGACGGCAAAGUAUUUGACUUGGAUAAUGUGCGACGGGAGUGGAACAAGGGUAACGAACUCUUCCAUGUGGAUUCAAGCUUCAACCCGCGACGGGCAGGAUACUCACUACUCCGAGCCGCCGAACUCCCUCCAGCUGGCAUGGGCGGCGAGACUGAGUUCGCCGACGUACGGACAGCCUUCGAUGAGCUUCCUCGAACCAUCCAGAUGGAACUUCAACGGCAGGACUAUAUCGCCGCACACUCGCUCUGGCAUUCACGCAAGGUCGCAUCAACUAGCACGUUUGCAGACAUCAACCCGAACGACUACCCAAUGAGCCGACACCGGUUGUUUCAGAAACACGAAUCAUCAGGCCGAGACACCAUGUAUCUCGCCUCACACAUCCACCAUAUUGAAGGACUCGACGCAGAGGCAUCGGCUGCACUGUUGCAACGAUUGCUCACGCAUGCGACCCAGCCCCGGUAUGUGCUUCGGGUGGAGUGGGAACAAGCGGGCGACCUGGUCCUCUGGGACAACACGAGUGUGAUGCAUCGCGCGGUGGGAGGUAGAUUCGAGGGGAAAUAUCGGCGAGACAUGCGGCGGGCGACAGUUCAUGACGGCAGCGGCAGUGCGUGGGGCUUGAAUGAGCGCAGCGAGAUCCGCCAGGGUUUACCGUGA